GUUCAUUGUCCUAGGUUAUGUUAUCUGGUUUAUUCAAAAUAAUAAAAACAUUCCAUGUGAGUGUUUAUUUGUUAAACGUAAUUAAAUAUGGAUAAAUUGGAUGAAUCGUCUAGGGAAAUAUAUGAGUACUUUGCUAACACAGCAAUUAAUAUUACUAAAGUGUUUGAACGAGAUGAACAAAAGAAUGAAAUAGAAAUAUUAAAAGAAUUAGUAACUCAGCAGAGUAAAUUAAAUGAAAAAUUAAAAGCAAUUCAGCAGAUCAGCGACUUCUAUUCAAAUUAUCAUAUUCUUGAUUUAACUGAAGAAGUUGGAUUGGAACUUUUAGCAGAAUAUAAGGACAAAGUUGCGCAAAUCAAUCCAGAUGUAUCGGAAAGUCAAAAUUUGCUAGAUUUUAAUGAGCAAGUUGAUGAUAUACUUAAAGCUUUUAAUGAUAAUCCUGAAGAUUGUCCUAUCGAAGACGAGGAAUUACAACUUACAGAAAGUAUUGUUAAUAUAGUUGAUCCUAUUACAAAGAAACGCAUUGUACAUCCAGUAAAAAAUACUGCCUGUGGUCAUGUAUAUGAUAAAGAGAGUGUUACUGCUAUGUUAAAAAUUAAUAAGAAAACGAGAUGUCCAGUAGCUGGGUGCAAGAAUAAACAGUAUAUAGACCCAAAGAACUUGAAGGUUGAUAUUGCAACGAAAUUAUAUUUACAUGAACAUCCCGAAGUACCUUUACAAGAGUCACCAAAUAACAGCUUCUUAUAAAUGACUUUGUUAAGAAUCUGAAAUACGUUUUUAGCUCAUUGCGUAAAGUACAAUGCAACAUGUCACUUGUAGUAUUCUAUAUUUAUUUAUUUACUGAUCUUCAAUUAAAU